AAAUUUUACAAAUGGGUCAUACCCCGGAACAAGCGACGUAUGCUCCGAACAUACCAUAUUCCGAUUAAUCGUACCGCAUGUUUUCCUCAUUAUUUGUGUUACAUCUACACCAUCGAUAACGGGACCUUUACCAACGGCCCCCGAGUGCGCCAACGGAAUAAUUGGGAAUUGGGUUCACCAUGCAUACCGUCACCCAAAUUUAUUCCUUCUGCGUUAUUCUUACUGCAACAACCCCUAUAUACGCUACAACCACUACCGCGCCAGCUGUGCUGUUACAGACAUCUGUUCCUUUAAACGGAAGCACAAACGGGAACACUGAAAAUGCAACCAAUACAGGCAAUACUUGGGAACUUGCAUCCACAAUGGCUAUUGCCAACACGACGCCAAACGUAUCAGUAGCCAGUACUGCUUCAACAGCAAGAGCGACAUCAACACCAAACAGCAUUUCACUGCCCUACGAUGUUUUGAAAAUUCUUCCAAACCCAGACUCAAACGUGACAACUUUACCAUGUUGGCAUAAAUCGGCAUCACGAUCUGGACGUAUUACUUUGAAAAGAAAGGAUUUCUUGCGGAGUUCUUCCAAUAGAUUGUUAUUUCGAGUUCCGUCCUGCCAGGGCGAAAGCUAUUUCGCUGGCGCAACAGAUGUUUCUGACUUCUCCGAAGACCUGUACAUCGACAUCAGAUUGGGUGAACUGGAUCCGUUGUUGGUUGCUUAUCGUCAGGAAUACAUAGACGUGCUGUACAAACGAAAAAUAAAUUUCUCCUAUGAUUCGGAAUUUGAUUUGCCUGUUAAUUACAUGAUUCAAUCAUCUAAUCGACACGAUCACGUUGUGUUAACGGGUGGGAAAACGGGCAUCUGGUCGACUGGACCGCAGUUUGAAGUUUCGCUUUACCGGUUUCCGUUGUACUUUUUCAAUGCCUCCAAUAACUUCACUCUACUGGAUGUCUUUCAUAACACAUCGGUAUCUGGAAUGAAUAUCACAAAGAAUACUACAUUUGCAGACCUGAACGAUCCAUGUUUAAUGGAAAAGGAGCUGAUGACCAUCGACUAUACUGUCGUACUAAGGCCCCGUGGACCGAGAAAUAUCUUCAAUGCUGCACAAUACUUCCUACGAAAUCGCGUAAAUGACAUGCAUUACUGUGCCUCCUAUAAGGGGUUUGUUCCGAAGCAAAUGUGUUCCAACAUAAUGGGAAAUUCUCUCAACAUAACGGCCUGUCCGCGGGAUAUUUCCGUUUCCGCACCCAGCCUCCCGCCAAAUAUACAGUCCGAAACUGCUUCUUGUUUGGAUCUCAUAGACACAAUUGCUCAGAUAAGCCCUGUGGUAGUUUCACGAACGACAUCGUCACCCUGGAUUAUGACAACCUGGAGAUAUAACAAUAACGACGAUUACUACGACUACCGUAUGAUCGGGGUCGGUGUGGCACUAGCGCUGACCUUUCUGAGUUUAAGCUGUGCCGUACUGAAAUACUGCUGUAAGCAUUAUGCUGCACGUCGUCAUAUGGAAGCGGCGGUGAACCAUGCCCAUACUCGCGACUUCAGUCGGCGCAAUUCCGAUGAGGGACCACGCGUGUACGGUGUCGCCACCAGCGGGGUGCAUACGACACGCGGAUUGGAUGCGCCGCCGUCGUACGAGGAAGUGAUUCGUUCUGGGUUUUCGUCACCCAUUACCAGCAGUAAAGGAUCGUCGAAUGAUUUGUGCCAACACGAAGAAACUUCAGCGCAGCCUACUAUACUAGUUGUGGGUGUCCCUUCUCGAACGGUUAUGAUUGAUAAUUGUGAUGGGCAUUCGUAAAGUACAUAUGUCGUUAUUUCACUAAAUGCAGGAAUUCACGGCACUGUAUACAAUGUGGAUACGUCAGAUGAAGUAUUUAUGUAUAAUCGAGCUGUCAAAGUGACAAACAGUUAUUAAAUACAGAUGUAUUGGAUUUCGUACAUGCCAAUGCAUGUAGCAGUAGGAGAACUUCCAGGAAAGAUAGCACAUCGUUCACUUACCGGAAGUACCCUGACCCAGCAAAGCGGAAAUUGUGGCAACUAGCUAAAUUGUUAUUGCGAAUCAUGUUUAUGUUGUUCCCGAUGCGAUGAUAAAAUUUAUUUGCCGUUAGGUUCCAUGAUUUUUUGAUUGCCAUGAUUUUUUUGUUGAUUGAGGGACGUUCGUAAUCAAGAAAGACUGCAGGUGCAUAC